GUUCAUGAUCCAUGGAAUGCCCUCAUUAUGGACACAGAUCGCUCCGAAUCAAAUCCUAAUGAAGACGGGAUUAACCGCAAGGAGUACAAGUGGGGUAGCAAACCUGACAUUAUUCGUACUUACCAUCUCCAGCUCAGCGAUGUAAAGCAUGAGAAUCGGCCUUCCUCGGAACGUACGCUGAUGAUGAUGGGCGGCCCUCACGACUGUCCCGUCGCUCAUUUAUACAUCUCACCGAGACGGCGAAUUGGUCAAGGGCAUCAUUCAUACGUCUACCAAGCGGAACUGGAGCUGCCUCGAGAAAUGUUAACGCUGCCGACGACAUGCUUUGAUUGUGCAUUUGAAAAUAUUAGCGAAGAGAAUGAAGGGCGUAGCAAGAUGACACCCGCUGAACUGGCGGAAAUAAACGGCAGACGGAAAACAGGCAACGGCUUAGAAUUUCAGUAUGCGUACUUAGAUGAGGAAGGGAAACCUCUUAAUGAACGCCUCCAUACACUCCAGGGCAACUUACAAAAUAAACCGCCCUUCUGCAAGCACUUGGAUAAGGGAGUACCUAUCCCACCCAGUCAUCGAGCCAGUGUCGUUGCAAAGCUGUCGCUUCAAGACGAGAGAAUCGGUGGUCAUGAACACCAUUUACGCAAUGAGGCGGAGAACUAUGAGAAGUUCCCUAGCCAUAUGUCUGAGCACUGGAACGGCUACAACGUCAUUCCGCCUACGCACGACCCUACACCAGUUGGUGCCGUUGUUCCCCAGUACUAUGGCUACUAUGUACCAGACAAAGAGAAUGAUCCGAUAAAAAGCGGCAAGUACAUGAGUCCGAUCUUGCUACUCGAGCAUUGCGGCGUACAAGUCAACCCGGAAAAGCUGUCAUUAGACGAUAGACAAGAGUGUUUUUCCUUGAUUAAGCGUCUUCAUUUAGCGGGCUAUUUGCAUAAUUCGGUCUUUCAACGGAAUAUCCUUAUGCAGUUUGGCCCGCUCACGGAUUCGCCCUUUGAUCGUAGCAAAAUGCACAGGCGUUUCCGACUCAUUGACUUUGGACGUACCGCUCCGCUCGAUGAAGACUCCUGGAAGGCCUGGGGACAACAGACUGAGGAGUUCAAAACGUGCAACAGAAAUCUCGAGCUCGAAGAGUUCAUCUGAAAAUGUGCCCAAUUCGCAUACAUACUCCCUCUUUUCUUGGGAGGCUCGUGUCUUGCUUUUCCAUGCCCGUGUUAUCGCUGAAGUCGACUUGUCUUAUUAUUUACCUGCUUUUAUCGUUUUUCCUUUCCUUCACUCGAUUGACCCAAGUGCUCUCUCUCUCCCGACUUUACCUAUA